CUUUGCUUCCGUCUAGGUGAGGGGCCGGACGUCCUGGUGUACAGCUUGGACUUUGGUGGGCAUCUGCGGAUGAUGAAGCGAGUACAGAACCUGCUUGGCCACUAUCUUAUCCAUGGGUUCCGGGUGCGUUCAGAGCCCGAUGGAGACUUGGAGUCGCAGGCCAUGGUGGCUGUGUUUGGGAGCAAGGGACUCCGAGUUGUGAAAGUUAGCUGGGGGCAGGGCCGCUUCCGGGAGGUCUGGCGCUCUGGCCUGUGGAGCAUGUCCGACUGGAUCUGGGAUACACGCUGGCUAGAGGAGAAUGUGGCCGUGGCUCUGGGCCACAACUCAGUGGUGCUCUACGACCCCAUGGUAGGACGCACCCUGCAGGAGGUGCACUGCACAGACAGGUGCACCCUCUCCUCAGCCCGCCUGAUUGGAAACACCUGGAGGGAGCUGACCAUGGUGGCAGGUGCCAUUUCCAAUGAGCUCCUGGUCUGGUACCCAGCAGCCACUUUAGAAAACGAGCCUGUGGCACCCGACCGGCGGGUCAGUGGGCAUGUGGGUGUCAUCUUCAGCAUGUCAUACCUGGAAAGCAAGGGCUUGCUGGCCACGGCUUCAGAAGACCGUAGUGUCCGCAUCUGGAAGGUGGGCGACCUCCGGGUGCCUGGGGGUCGAGUGCAAAAUAUUGGGCACUGUUUCGGGCACAGUGCCCGUGUGUGGCAGGUCAAGCUCCUGGAGAAUUACCUUAUCAGCGCAGGAGAAGACUGUGUUUGCUUGGUUUGGAGCCAUGAAGGUGAGAUCCUCCAGGCCUUUCGGGGCCACCAGGGCCGUGGGAUCCGGGCCAUAGCUGCCCACGAGCAGCAGGCCUGGGUCAUCACUGGGGGUGAUGACUCAGGCAUCCGGCUGUGGCACCUGGUGGGCCGUGGGUACCCAGGCUCGGGGGUUUCAGCCCUCUGUUUCAAGUCCCAUAGCAGGGCAGGCACCCUCAAGGCUGUAACACUGGCUGGCUCUUGGCGAGUAUUGGCGGUGACUGACACAGGGGCCCUGUACCUUUAUGACCUCGAGGUCAAGUGCUGGGAACAGCUGCUGGAGGACAAGCAUUUCCAGUCCUACUGCCUGCUAGAAGCAGCCCCUGGUCCUGAGGGCUUUGGGCUGUGUGCCAUGGCCAAUGGGGAAGGUCGUGUCAAGGUUGUCCCCAUCAACACUCCAACUGCUGCUGUGGACCUGACCCUCUUCCAGGGGAAGGUGCACAGCCUGAGCUGGGCCCUACGUGGCUAUGAGGAGCUCCUGUUGCUGGCAUCGGGCCCUAGUGGGGUGGUGGCUUGUCUGGAGAUCUCAGCUGCACCCUCUGGCAAGGCCAUCUUUGUCAAGGAACGUUGCCGCUAUCUGCUGCCCCCAAGUAAGCAGAGGUGGCACACGUGCAGUGCCUUCCUGCCGCCAGGCGACUUCCUGGUGUGCGGGGACCGCCGGGGUUCUGUGCUGCUGUUUCCUUCCAGACCAGGUCUGCUCAAGGCCCCUGGGGUUGGAGGCAAGGCUGGGGCUGGGGUACUUGGCGUGAGUGGUGGCAGUGGUGGGGAAGGGAGCACCUCAGCUGAGUGGGGCCCUGUGUCCAUACUCCCUUCCCUUCAUGGGAAGCAGGGCGUGACCUCGGUCACCUGUCAUGGUGGUUACGUGUAUACCACAGGGCGCGACGGCGCCUACUGCCAGCUCUUUGUGCGAGGCGGACAGCUCCAGCCAGUCCUACGGCAGAAGUCCUGCCGAGGCAUGAAUUGGCUGGCUGGGCUCCGCAUGGUGGCUGAUGGGAGCGUGGUCAUCCUGGGUUUCCAUGCCAACGAGUUUGUGGUAUGGAGCCCCCGGUCACACGAGAAGCUGCACAUUGUCAACUGUGGUGGAGGGCACCGCUCCUGGGCCUUCUCAGAUACCGAGGCUGCUGUGGCCUUUGCCUACCUCAAGGAUGGGGAUGUCAUGCUGUACCGGGCCCUGGGUGGCUGUACCCGGCCACACGUGAUUCUCCGGGAGGGUCUGCAUGGCCGCGAGAUCACCUGUGUAAAACGUGUGGGCACCAUCACUCUGGGGCCUGAAUUUGAGGUGCCCAACCUUGGGCAGCCUGACCACUUGGAGCCUGGCAGCAAGGGGCCUGGCCUGAUUGACAUCGUGAUCACAGGCAGUGAAGACACUACCGUCUGUGUCCUGGCACUCCCCACGGCCACGGGCGCAGCCCAUGCACUCACAGCUGUCUGCAACCAUAUCUCCUCGGUGCGUGCUGUGGCUGUCUGGGGCACUGGCACCCCAGGUGGCCCUCAAGAUCCUCGGCCAGGCCUGACUGCCCAUGUGGUGUCUGCUGGGGGCCGGGCUGAGAUGCAGUGCUUCAGCAUCAUGGUCACGCCAGACCCUAGCACUCCAAGCCGCCUUGCGUGCCACAUCAUGCACCUUUCAUCCCAUCGGCUAGAUGAGUACUGGGACCGGCAGCGCAAUCGGCACCAGCUGGUCAAGGUGGACCCAGAGACCAGGUACAUGUCCCUCGCUGUGUGUGAGCCUGACCGGCCUGGCCCUGGCCCCCUCGUGGCUGCAGCCUGUAGUGACGGGGCGGUGAGGCUCUUUCUCUUGCAGGACUCGGGGCGGCGGCUUCAGCUUCUUGCUGAAACCUUCCAUCACAAGCGGUGUGUCCUCAAGGUUCACUCCUUUACACACGAGGCAUCCAACCGGCGGCGGAAGCUGCUUCUAUGCAGUGCAGCCACCGAUGGCAGCCUGGCCUUCUGGGACCUCACCACUGUGCUAGACCAUGGCUCCACUGCCCUAGAGCCACCAGCAGAGCCUGGGCUUCCCUACCAGCUGGGCACCCCCUGCCUCACCCUCCAGGCCCACAGCUGCGGUAUCAACAGCCUGCACACCUUGCCCACAUGUGAGGGCCGCCAUCUUGUGGCCAGUGGCAGUGAGGAUGGCUCUCUCCACGUCUUCGUGCUUGCUAUGGAGGUGCCAGAGCUGGAAGAGGCUGCAGGGGAGGCUGAGCUGAGACCCCAGCUGCGUGUACUAGAGGAAUACUCUGUCCCUUGUGCACAUGCUGCUCACGUGACAGGCCUCAAGAUCCUGAGCCCAAACCUCAUGGUCUCAGCCUCCAUCGACCAGCGGCUGACCUUCUGGCGUUUGGGGCAUGGUGAGCCCACCUUCAUGAACAGUGCUGUGUACCACGUGCCAGAUGUGGCAGACAUGGACUGCUGGCCUGUGAGCCCUGAGUUUGGCCACCGCUGUGCUCUUGGGGGCCAGGGCCUUGAAGUUUACAACUGGUAUGACUGAGGUGUCUUGCAGCAGCUGGUGUGCUGGGCACAGGGCCUGGCUGCA